AAGCUAUUCAGUAAUAGACGUGUUUGGCCACAGCGCGGACGUAAUCUGAACGACUAAAACAAAAUAUCACAAGUAUGGAGUCAAAAGAAAAACCAGUCUUUGAUGUCUAUAGUGAGAUCGAGGCGAUCAGAAGGUACAAACCAGCUUCCACGUUCACAUUUCCGAAGCUUGAAAUCAAAGACUAUCCGGAAAAUCUUCCAAGUGGACUUGUCAUCACAUUGAUUGGCCCACAGGGUUCCGGAAAAUCGUCGCUGGUGAAUUCUCUCAAUUACGUGUUCCAGAUGCGUGGUGGGAUGUCAGCUCCGCGGUAUUUGGAUAUAGCAGCAGAGGGACCGCGUGAUUACCAUGGAGGUGGCACUACAAAAGAUUUUAACGGGUAUUAUCUGACGAAAAAUAUCAAAGUGUUUGACAUCCGUGGCUUGCCGUACUUGUCUGAAGAAUUUUCACAAGAGGUUGAGAAGUUGUAUGACGGGGCGUACAAUGACGGCGAAGAGGUGAAGUAUGAAAAGAAGAGUAUUCCACAAGCGUUCAAGGGAUUGUUCACCAACGAAGCAAGCAAGACAAACUGCCCAGUGGUCGUCUUGAGUGCUAUAGAUAAGGAUUUGGUUGAUGAAAUCGAAAAUCUGCAAGGGUUCUUUGCAAAAAUUAAAGAGGCAACAUCUGUUUACCCACUUGUCGUGCUCACAAAAGAGGACUUGGCCUUACAGAGAAACGAAGAUGUGGCCUCACUUGACGGAAUGAUACGCAGUAAACUUGGAGUUGAACGCGUUACCAGGAUCAGCAACUAUACAAAGGAGGACCACCACCCGAAUGAGGAAAAAACCAAACGAAUUAUUGAGUUCAUGGGUCAAUGCACCCUCCUGUGCGACAGCAUUAUAAAGAAGAAGAGCCACGAGGGAGGAUGUGUUGUCAUGUAAAAGGACAGGAAAAAUUUAAUAUGGGUGUACGAAGUAUGUUUAUUAUGUUUGACAGAUUGUAGUAAGUCACAGAAUUUUCAAGACACUACAUUUAGAGAUGGACCACCAAUAAAAUGUGAAUACCCUAUUAAAAUAAUAUUUAUUUAUAUAUUUAUCUUUUUGCAUCUAUAUCAAGAAAUUAAAUUUCCGGUUCUCUGUUUUCCUUUCAAAACGAAGAUAUACAAAAUUUAUAUUUCGGUGAUAGAGGAAUUCUAGUCUCUUAUUGGCUAGCUUUAUAACCAUUAAUGCAUGGGUUAUUUAAUAUAAUAUUGCUAUAUUAAACUAUUAAGCAUAAUAUCUAUAUUUUUAUUAUCAUAAUUAUAAAGGUUAGUGUAAAUUAAUUUAGAAUUGUAUAAUAAUAAGGUAUGAAUUGUUCAUGUUUUGAGUAAAAAGGGUUAAAGUCAGGCUCCAGAAAACAGAAAUGUUUGAUACGUUGUACAACUAAUUUUUCUAAGACACAAAAAGCAUUUUAACGAAAAAAAAAACUCUGGAGCAGUCAAUGAAAUACAGAUUUUAAUAUUUCAAUACUGGGGCAAAAAGGUGAGAGAAUGGUUACACCCCUCCCUCCCUCUCCCUCCCACCCGUUUUUGAAAAUUCAAAAAUCUGUAUCUCAAUAACCGGUUCCGAGUUUUCGUCAAAUAUGUUUUUUGUGUCUUAAAGUAUAUUCAACGAUUACUUUGAAACAGCACUACAAACGCUCGAAGCGAGCCCAGUUUUACUUUUCUCAUUGUGAGUAGUUGCUGUGCUCGUUGGUAGCGCUGUAUCAAACAAUUUGUCACUGUGGCAAAGCCAAACCUAGUAUAGAAAUUAUACUACAGAAGGCCACCAAUAGAAAAAUAUAGCAAGAGACUGAGAAAAUCACGAAUGAUGAUGGCAGGCUAUCACACAGAUGAACGCGGGUACCUAUUUAGCAAGUAACAUAUGAUUUAUCUAUAAGCCAUGAAAUCAAUUGAUGUUUGAUACAUGGAUAGCAUAAAAGCUUCAAAGAAACUGAUGCAAGUUAACAUUAUUAUAUAUAAUUCAUUUAUAUUCAGCAAGACUGUUUGGUGUCCUUUUCAUGAGAUUUACCAAUAACAUCUUUUCGAAAUGAAGAUGAAGGAUUCCUACGUGAGCAAUGUUAAUUUAAGUCCAUGCUUAUAACAGAAGUGUGUUUUGUAAAAGCAUUAUUACACAAGUCUUAAUACCAAAGUUGUGAGCUUCAGCUAUCUGGUGUGUGCUGGGUAACUUCACAUGACUUUACCUAGUUAAAAAUAUUAUUAACAGUACAGUAUGUUGAACCUGGUCGGAUCAACGAAGUUUAUUUUUCCGAUUUAUUAUUAUUAUUUUUAUUAUUAUUAUUAUUAUUAUUAUUAUUAUUAUUAUUAUUAUUAUUAUUAUUAUUAUUAUUAUUAUUAUUAUUUAUUAUUAUUAUUAUAUAUUGGUAUUGUUGUGUAAAGGUCUAAUAUCAAAGUAUUUUCAUGAAGGUCGGUGUUAAUCUAUUAUUAUUGUUAUUGUCGUUUUUAUUAUCAACAAGAAAUGUAUCAAGCUUUCAGACAGCCUGAAAUUCAUAAUUAUGAUAGUGUUGCAUGACAGGAUAAUUCUUUUAAAUCUGACUUAUUUCUAAGGUGCCGUUUGCUUGAUACUGAAACUAAGAUUUUAAAAUUAGAACCACUGGGCGGAGGAGUAUUUUUUAUUUAUCGAAAAGUUCAUAAGUGUGAAUUUCUACUUCUUUUACGAAGAAAUAAACCUUCCAUUUUUAAUUUUAAACAUAAAUCCAUACCUAUGCUAUGAUUUGUAAGAUUCUUCUGUAGUUUUGAAGAUAGAUUGUGACACCAUGGCAUUGACCCUAAAUAAUGAUGAUAAAAUAUAGGCCUACUUCUAGUUAAGUUCUUUGUUAAAGUUCUAUCUACAGGAUAAUACUUUCAUAGCGUAUAUAUUUGAAAUAAUUAUUAUCGUAUAGGCAGGUAAUUUGUGUAUAUUUCGGGAUACAUACAAUGGUAUACUACAAUAUUAACGUAACUAAACUUCAAAAUGGAACUCUCAAUAAUACCACAAUAAAACAAGAUCAAGUUGAUGAGAUCACAGGCGACUAAAAUCAAAUAAUUGUACCGUGAUAUAUUUA